CAGAAACAAAACACCCACGAGGGGGUAAACGACAAGGUGACAAAAUAAUAAUACUAACACCAGGACCAAGGCUAACUAAACACUAAACUAGACAAUACUUUGACAAAGACUAAACUAAACACUUACUAUAACUGACAAGAACUUCGACAAGCACAGGAUACAUCCAAACAUGGAAUGCGACCAAAGACAUGGAACGCAAUGCAAAGCCACCAUAUACACACACAAUGACCGAACACAGGACAAUGAAACAUGAGGACUAUUUAAAGGGAAGACAAACGAGGGAUAAUGACACAGGGCACGUGAGGGUAAUGAAACAUGGCAGGGAAGCAAUACAGGAAACAAGAGGGGCGGGGCCAAUGACAAGACACCGGAGAGAACGGAGAAUAUGGUAUGAUAGACAAUAAUAUGAUUCUCUCCACAUAAAACCUAAGGCUUUGUCAUGACUCUGCCACAAGAUCAAGAAUUACAUGACAUAGGGAGGCAGAAUCAUGACAGAUAGUUCACCCCAAAAUGAAAAUUUUGUCAUCAUUUGCUCACCCUCAUGUCAUCUCAUACCUGUAUAAAUUAGAAAGAUAUUUGUAAGAAUGUUAGCAAUUUUAAAUUCUGUGACAUCAUUGACUGCCAUAGUAUGAACAAUUCAAUGGUAGUCAAAGGUCCCCAGAACUGUUUGUGUUCCUAAAUUCUUCAAAAUAUCCCACUUUGUGUUCAACAGAACAAAACAAUACAGAAUAUUAAUUUCCUACUAUGGAAGUGGAUCAUGUCACAGAUCUGAAAAUUGCUAACAUUCUUACAAAUAUAUUUCUUUUGAAACAACCUGAGGGUGAGUAAAUGAUAACAGAAUUUUCAUUUUUGAGUGAACUAUCCAUUUAACACACUGCUUUAGUGCAGGUUGGCAUUUAGAAAUAUUAGAUGCCUCAGCUUGGAUGGGCUGAUGCGAUUUCUCCCACUGCACGGAUGGGUGCAAUCUUCAAUGUUAUUGAAAUGCAGCCAGAUGCUGCUUCUUUUUCGUUUUUCGCUCAUUUCUUACAACACGCUCUCCACCCUGAUCAUGCCUUCACAGACUACCUCAUAACCGGCUUCUCUACAGGCUUCAAUCCUGUUAUCAUAAACCCACUUUCCCACAGCCUCAUCUGCCCUAAUCUCCAGUCGGCACUCGCCGAACCCGAAACCGUCGAUCUUCUCAUCAAAAAAAAAGAUUGAUGAUAAAUUCAUGAUCGGACCUUUUUCCGCCCCAUCAUUUACCGUUUUCUGCGUCAGCCCCAUCGGCGUCGCCACGCGAAAAUUUUCGGGGAAAAAGCGCCUCAUAUUCGAUCUCUCGUCCCCCACGGCUCCCCCUAUCCAAGCAUCAAUAGUUUGAUUCCACUCAAAGAAUUUGCAUUACAUUAUCACGACAUUGAGCAAGCCAUCACUUUGAUUAAAUUGGCUGGACGCAGCGCCUGGCUAGCCAAAGUCGAUAUCACCUCUGCAUUCAAAAUCAUGCCGAUACACCUAAAAUUUUGUCACCUUUUCUGCAUCCGUUGGCGUGAGAAAUUCUAUUUUUCCGUACGCCUCACCUUCGGAUGCAGAAGUAGCCCAAAGAUCUUCGACAUGUUAUCAGAGGCAAUCUGUUGGAUUCUCUCUAACAACUACGCCAUCCCUUACCUCAUACAUCUACUAGACGAUUUUUUAAUCAUCUCGCCGCCCGAAUCCGUCCCAGCCGUACAUCUUACCAAAGUCCAAGAAGUCUUCGCGAAAAUCGGCGUCCCUCUUGCACAAGAAAAAACAGCGGGACCCAGCACGUCCAUCGAAUUUCUAGGCAUUAAGCUCGAUAUGCUAAAAUUCCAAGCUUCUCUGCCAAAGGAAAAGAUCGAUAGGACGAUUUUGAUCGCUUCAUCCCUCAUAGACACGCCGUAUUUCUCCAAACGUGAGCUAUUAUCAAUUCUCGGCCACCUAAACUUCGCGAUGCGCAUUAUUCUGCAAGGUCGCCCGUUUGUUGUGCACCUCCUCUCCCUCGCAUCCUCCGCUCACGCACAAGAGGAUUCGAUCCAUCUAACCAGCUCAUGCAGCGACGAGCUCAGUUUAUGGAUCAAAUUCCUCAAACAAUGUAACGGAAUGUCUUUCUUUUACAAAGACAUGGUCUCUCUCCCCGUCGACAUACGCCUAUUUACCGACGUAGCUCCUUCCGUCGGUUUCGGGGGAUUUUACCAAGGCCGCUGGUUCACGUCCACAUGGCCCCCCCAGCUCAGUCUACCGCAGCCUCUUGCGUCAUCAGCACUUUUUGAGCUGUACCCACUUGUCGUAGCAGCAUAUUUAUGGGGGAAAGAAUGGUCCGCCUCCAGCAUUAUAGUCCAUUGCGUCAACGAAGCAACGGUACAUUGCAUCAACAAAGGCCGCUCCCAUUCACCCGCCUUAAUACCUUUUCUCAGACGCCUUAUAGGGAUCUCAGCUUGCAAGCAGUUCAUUCUGACAGGCAAACACGUCCCUGGGUCCAAAAACCAGAUAGCUUACGCCCUUUCCCGUUUUUCAUUUCAGAAAUUCAGGCUGCUGGUGCCGGACGCGGAUCCCCUACCAACGCCUGUCCCUCCCUAUUCAGAAUGAAUCUUCAAGUGAACCACCCUUUA